GAAAGUUAGGGGGGAUUUCCCUAUCAGCUGUCUCUUAUCACUUAGUAUAUAUAUAUAGCAAAUAAGCCAAAGGAGACCAAAUACAUAUGUUCAUAACAAAGCUCUUCCAUCCCAGCUGCCCUUUUGUCCUCCUCCACCUAAACUCAUUCCCAUCUCCACCAAAAAAACAAACAAACAAAUUCUAAUUUUAAUUUAUUUUCUACCAUAAACACAAUAUUUGUAAUGUCAAACAUCACAGGUGAUGAAGGGAGCUUCUCUUCUGGAGAAGUCCAACAGCAGCAAGAGAAGCAGUCCAACGCCGCCGCCGCCGCCGCCUCCACUACCAGUAAUGGCUCCUCCGGCUCUCACAAGCAGCUCCAGCCUGCACCUAAGAAGAAGAGAAAUCUUCCAGGAACUCCAGAUCCGACGGCGGAAGUGGUGGCGCUGUCUCCGACGACGCUGAUGGCGACGAACCGGUUCGUGUGCGAAAUCUGCAACAAAGGGUUUCAAAGAGACCAGAAUCUGCAGCUGCACAGAAGAGGGCACAAUCUGCCAUGGAAGCUGAGGCAGAGAACGACGACGGAGGUCAAGAAACGGGUCUACAUCUGCCCCGAACCCACCUGCGUCCACCACAACCCGGGUCGGGCCCUCGGCGAUCUCACCGGGAUCAAGAAGCACUACAGCAGGAAGCAUGGCGAGAAGAAGUGGAAAUGUGACAAAUGUUCCAAGAAAUAUGCAGUUCAAUCCGAUUGGAAGGCUCAUCAGAAGACUUGUGGCACUAGGGAAUAUAAGUGUGAUUGUGGAACUAUUUUCUCAAGGAGAGAUAGCUUCAUCACUCAUAGAGCAUUUUGCGAUGCACUAGCCGAGGAAAACAACAAGGUGAAUCAAGGCAUAAUGGGGUCAUUGGGCCCAAAUUUAUCGGCCCAACUCCCCGAUCUCAUGUCCACGAUGCCGAUAAGCUCGAACACGAACACGAACACGUCCAUGGCCAUGUCUGGAUUCAGCAACCCAUUAAAAUCCCUCCCCCAAGAUCUCCUCCCAAUCCCAUUCAAGCCCAUGAACAUGGCCGCCGGCACCGGCAUGUUCUCGUCGGCUUCCGGCAACCUAUUCGGAAGCCCGCGGAACAUGCCCUCGUCGUCGUCCGGGCUCCAGCUGAGCUCCAACUCGAGCCCGACGGGCUACAACUACCACCAAGACAGCAAGAAUUUGGGCCAGAUCUUCGGGUCGGCCCAAAUGUCGGCCACCGCCUUGCUCCAGAAGGCGGCCCAAAUGGGAGCAACGGCGACCAACUCCCCGAUGAUGCAGAAGAACUUCGUGAGCACCAUGGCGGCGGGCCCGGCUGCCCGGCCCGGCCCGUACGAGAACUUCCACGGCGAGCAAUUCAACGGGGGAUUUGCUGCGCAGCUGAUGCAGAAGGGCCCGCAAGAGCUCUUCGAGGGCGGCGCGGACAUGGUGAUGUACGGCGGCAUGCUGAUGGAUCAGAAUAUUAAUCCGGGCGGCGGAGGGGGAGGCGGCGGGGGGUUCUUGAAGAACAUGGUGGAAGGGAGCGGUGUUGAGAUGAAUGGAAACGAUAUGACGACGGUGGAUUUCUUGGGGGUGGGAGGAUCAAGGGUGGCGCAUGAUCAGAUCAAUCAGCAGAGAAUGCAAGUCAUGCAGAGUAAUAAUCCUUUCCAUCAUCACCAUGCAGAAUCUGACGUCGAUAACACUUUCUGAUCAAAAUACCUAAUAUUAUUCAACAGUUUUAAGAUAUUGUCGAUCCAACUUAAACAUGUAUUUUUGGUGCCUCAAAUAUUCUAGAUGGAUAUUGUUUUUUAGACUAGUAGAAAAUCAGAUCCUCAAAAGUUUUUUUUUUCUUCUUCUAACAAAUCGGUUUUUAUUGGAAAUUCUAUUUUAAAAUUAUUCUAUAUCAUAUAAGUUUCGUAUA